GUGACGCCUGAGCUGUCAACGCGGUUUCCGCUUUCUUUCCGUGCGGUUCUUAAACAUGACUGGUUUAACGAACAGGACCGUUAUUAUUGAUGGACGCGGCCAUUUGCUGGGCCGUCUGGCCUCAGUUGUUGCCAAGUACCUGUUGCAGGGCGGCAAAGUGGCUGUGGUUCGCUGCGAGGAGUUGAACCUUUCGGGUCACUUCUACAGAAACAAAAUCAAGUUCUUGGCCUACUUGCGCAAACGCUGCAAUGUGAACCCGGCUCGUGGUCCCUUCCACUUCCGUGCUCCAUCCAGAAUAUUCUACAAGGCUGUUCGAGGCAUGAUUCCCCAUAAGACCAAGCGUGGCCAGGCUGCUCUCGCUCGUCUGCGUGUCUUCGAUGGUAUCCCAUCGCCCUACGAUAAGCGUCGUCGUGUUGUAGUGCCCAUUGCUAUGCGCGUGCUUACCCUGCGAUCGGAUCGCAAGUACUGCCAAGUGGGUCGCCUCUCGCACGAAGUUGGCUGGCAUUACCAGGAUGUGAUCAAGAGCUUGGAGCGCAAGCGUAAGGCCAAGUUGCAGAUCACACUCAAGCACAACCGCGAGCUGAAGAAACUGACGGUGAAGGCGCGUGAAAACAUCGCCAAGGCUGCUGAGCCCUUCAAUAAGAUCAUUAAAUCCUACGGCUACGAGGUUUAAGGAGGACGACAAAAUAAAACACACUAGUUGAGGGCAUUCUGCAAAACCAGCAGAGCGAUUUUUUAAAAGAAUAAAACAAACAACUAAGUAUAAAA